GCAGUCCGCGAGCCGACUCGGUGCUAGAAGCAUCGCACGAACCCCGAGUUACUGUAUACGCUGAUAAGGAACGUGACGUCCGAAAAUGGAAGGCUCACCGUUUAUUCCGAGGGCUUCGAUUCUCAACAGGGACAGGACUGUGACCAACAAAGUGCUGCUGAUCAUUUUCUCAGUCCUUUUCGCGAUAUGGGUCCCCAUAGUGAUAUACGCUUUCUGCGUGGGAGAUGUCUCAUCCCUAUUCCCCAAAAACUCAAGUCCAAGCAUUAAAGCAUUCAACGUUACGUCAUUUUUCAUCGUUCUCGGCUACUCGAUGCUUGCCGGAUCGUUGUCGAUCGUACUAUUCGUAGCCAUGCGGUACAUACCAAAAUUUUCAUACUGCGUAUUGUUCACGUUCUGGAUGCCCGUUGUGUACUGUACUUUGGCAGCCGUUUACAAGCUCAGUUUGCAGUCCGUGUGGGUAAUGAUCGGCUCGUACUUGAGCUGCGUCUUUGUGUUUUACCUCCUGCAAACGGAAUGGCUUCACUUGCCCGAAGGAAUUUUGAAAGAAUCUUGCAACGCUGUCAUGUUCUUCCCCUCGGCCAUUGGAUUUUCCAUUCUGAUCAACUUUGCGGCUCUCUUGGUUCUAGUCCUUACGAUAGUUGUAGUAUUACUCCUGAAAGACUUAAACACAUUUCUCGCCCUCCUGAUUCAACUGUUGGACGUUGUUAUCGGAAUAUGGGCGAUGUCGGUCAUCUUGCUUCUUGGUCUGAUGUCCCUAAGCAGCACUUACGCAACCUGGUUUUGGACGGCUAACAAAAAUGAAAUCCCCAACGCCACCGUCUUGCGUGCUUUCAAAUUGAACAGCAAGUACCAUCUUGGCACGGCAGCUUUUGGCACAACGAUAAUAGGUCCGGUGUACUCGUUCUACCUGGUGCUAGCUCAUGGAAUAUCCAAAUUCAUGGACGACUACGACAAAGCUUACAUCUUCUUCUUCAUCUACAAUUUCUUUGACGCCAUCGCCUUGAAGUUCACCUUUAUCGGUUCCAUUGUAAAGUGCGCCAUCAACGGCACGAAUUACCAGGAAUCCGCGACCCGGGCAAUCAACGAUCUGGAAGAACACCCCAGACGGUGUCUCGUCGUGACGAAGGUGUUCGAGUACGUUCUGACGUUCAUUGGAUGCAUACUGGUGCUCUGCGUCGGCUUAUCGAUCUUCGCCUACGUGAGCAUCGACUUCGGUGACAUCAGCAGCAGAGGCAAUAUCGUCUUGUGGGCCAUCGUCUUCGGCGGCAUGAUGUUCGUACUACCCAUGUUCUGGACGAUUUCGUCGGCUUACUACACAAUACUGUUCUGCGUCAUCGAAGACCUGGAGAUUCACAAUGGUACUCAAGAAAGACCCUUUGUCAUGAGUCAGAAACUUCACGAAGCUGUCAAUCACAACGGACCGCCGGCUUCCUUCCACAGCUGUAUGACCUGCUGCGGAGCUAUCAAUACCGAUCAAAGGAUCGAAUGAAAUUUUCAAAACGCUUCUAUAUAGCUUUAAGUUUAAUUUUAGCUCAUCAACGAUCGAUUCGAUAUAAUUACGACACACGCAGCAUUUUUUUUUAUUCGACGGACAAAUAAACGUUUUAUAUUUCAGAGAAAAA